AUGGAAGCAUCUUCAAUUAUCACCCAAGUGUCGCGAGAAGAUGAACACCUAAAAAGUUUUGUGCCAGAUAAGGCUGAUCAUGUUCGAUUGAAAAAUGAACGUGGUAUAUGGCGAACAUUACUUUGCUGUUUUGGGAAAUCAAGAACAAGACCAAAUUCUACUUUUGUCCCAAGCAGUAACAUACAUGGAGUGAAUACUAAGGCUGACAGGAGUUUUACUCCUCCACUUAGCCCAGAUCUUUCCCAGUCAUCAUACUUACUUCCUGCUAUAAGACACCAAGAUAUGCACAAAAAAUGUAUGGUUAUUGAUCUUGAUGAAACGCUUGUCCAUAGUUCUUUUAAGGCAAUUAAUAACGCAGAUUUUGUAGUACCUGUUGAAAUUGAUGGCACUAUUCAUCAAGUCUAUGUAUUAAAGAGACCACAUGUAGAUGAAUUUCUUCAACGUAUGGGUGAACUCUAUGAGUGUGUAUUAUUUACUGCAAGUCUUGCCAAGUAUGCCGAUCCAGUUGCCGAUUUAUUAGAUAAAUGGGGUGUAUUUAGAGCCCGUUUAUUCCGUGAAUCGUGUGUGUUUUAUAGAGGAAAUUAUGUAAAAGACUUAAACAAAUUGGGUCGCGCAUUACAUAAAGUCGUAAUCAUUGAUAAUUCACCUGCGUCGUACAUUUUUCAUCCAGACAAUGCUGUCCCUGUUAAUUCAUGGUUUGAUGAUAUGACUGAUAAAGAACUGUUGCAUUUAAUUCCGUUUUUUGAAAAACUUAGCAAAAUGGAAAAUGUUUACCCAGUUAUUUGCAACAUAAAUCAUAUGGCAAAUGCUGCUGCUGCAGCCAUUGCAGUACAAUCUCAACACAUCAGUAGCGACAAUGUCUUAUAG